UCGUUUGUUGAAAACAUCAUUAAAUUCCUAACGAUAAAAAUUAGUGAUUAGUGAGUUAGGCGGUGUUAUUUUAGGAACAAACUGCGAAUUUAUGUCUUCAAAUUUCACUUAACUUCAAUAAAAAAAACUCUAUAAUUUCAUUUGAAUUUAUUUUCAUUGUUAUCAAAUUUUAAAGGCCAAAGAAAAUUAAAGUUACUCUUUCUUUCUCAGUCAUUUGAUUGACAAAUUCCUUAAAUUUUCUUCCACUGAUCAAACAAUACAAACAGCGAAUUUGACCCGAACAAGAUGGCGUCUGCAGCAGCAACAGGGAAAACAUUUCAAUUCAAAUUAGUUCUGCUGGGUGAGUCAGCUGUUGGCAAGUCCAGCUUGGUUUUAAGGUUCGUGAAGGGGCAGUUCUACGAGCACCAAGAGAGCACCAUUGGAGCUGCAUUCCUUACCCAGACAAUCAACCUGGAUGAUAUGGUCAUCAAAUUUGAGAUCUGGGACACAGCUGGUCAGGAAAGGUUUCACAGUUUGGCACCCAUGUACUACAGAGGUGCCCAGGCAGCCAUUGUUGUCUAUGACAUUACUAACAAAGAAAGUUUCAACAGAGCAAAAGUUUGGAUCGAAGAAUUGCAGAAACAGGCAAGUCCCAACAUUGUCAUAGCAUUGGCUGGCAAUAAAAAUGACCUUGACACCUCAAGGACAACUACUUAUGAGGAAGGCAGUGCAUUUGCAGAGGAAAAUAAUUUGUUAUUUCUAGAAACCUCAGCAAAAACAGCUAACAAUGUGAAUGAAAUAUUUAUGGUGAUAGCAAAGAAACUGCCAAAGGUAAACCCGACAACCGCCGGGCCACAGAGAGCGCAAGGAAAUGUUGAUCUGAACCCUCAACAGAAUACUCAAUCGUCAAAAGGAUGUUGCUAA